UUUACUCUGUCAGCCUGGAGCAUGUUACAUGAGAGAGGAAGGCAAAGGGUGUAACAAAGAGUCCUUUGACAUAGACGAGCCGAACUAUAACAACCGCCGUGAAGAUUUACCGGUGGAAAGGAGCGCAGAUGAACCACAAGGUAAUCUCGCUGGUUUUGCUUUAGACAUCUGUGGAUAAACACUGGAUUUUGAAUCAACCAGGAAAAUGGGUGAGCGGUUUCUUCGGGACGUUUUGAGCUUUUACGGUGAGAACAGUUCUCUCUCGAAAACAAACCUGGAGAACUUUUUAAGCCUCAUCACCUCCCGUAGAGCGCCAGCAUCAGUAGACAACGAGGCCAAUCCGCUCAGGAAUGCAGAGUGUUUGUCUGCCCCAGAACUCCUGAAUGAAUUUGGACUCUCUAAUGCAUCUGAACUUACUGUGGACCAGCUCCAGCUCAUAUGUCCAGCUGUUCUUACUCAGGUUCUGCUCCCUUCCUGCCCUUUCAUGGCUCCAUUGACUGUAACCAUUGAACCUCAAGUUUGGGGCUAUAGUUUUUUGGCUGUGACGUUAAUUAACCUGGCAUCUCUACUAGGGUUAUUCUUAGUUCCCUUCACAAAGAAAUCCUACUUCCCAAAAGUGCUAACCUACUUCAUCGGGGUCGCCAUAGGAACAUUAUUCUCUAAUGCUGUACUCCAACUUAUCCCUGAGGCUCUUGGAUUUGACCCGAAAGUCGAUAACUAUGUGUCAAAUGCGAUUGGGAUUUUUGGAGGAUUCUACCUCUUGUACUUUACGGAAAGAGUCUUAAAAAUUGCUCUAAAAACAGAUCAGGAGCUCUGCCACAACCACGUCCUUUCAAUGCAGACUAAUGAUGUAACCAUCACCAGCUUCAGCAACGAUGUUAUCAUAAACAACAUCACAAGUAAUGUCAUCAUAAAUAAUGCGCACCAUGAAGUUCUACCAAACAGCCCCAGUGAGAAACCAAGCCAGCCAAACAUGAACCCAGCCAAUGAACAGGACACUUGCAUGCUAGUGGGAUGCCGCUGGCUGAGAGGGGAACGAGUUUCAAACAUAAAAACGGUGGCUUGGAUGAUCACUCUGAGUGAUGGAUUGCAUAAUUUUAUAGAUGGACUGGCCAUUGGGGCCUCUUUUACCAUCUCUCUUCUUACUGGCUUCAGCACCUCUAUAGCCAUUGUCUGUGAAGAAUUCCCCCAUGAGCUAGGUGACUUUGUGAUUCUAUUGAGCUCUGGUAUGAGUGUCCCUCAGGCAGUGUUUUUUAACCUGCUCUCUGCUAUGUGCUGUUAUCUUGGCUUGGUGCUGGGCAUCUUGCUGGGCAGCAACUUUGCUCCAAAUGCCAUCUUUGCAAUUGCUGGUGGAAUGUUUCUUUAUAUUGCUCUGGCAGACAUGUUUCCAGAGAUGAAUGAAAUAAUGACCACACAUGCCAGAGGACGCAAAGGAAAGUUCAUAUACUUUUUGUUUCAAAAUGCUGGCCUGCUCACUGGCUUUUGCAUCAUCCUCCUCAUCACCAUGUUUGCUGGCGACAUCAAUCUGGGCUGAAAUGAGUUUGAAGAAUAAAAGGAUUAAAGGGAGCAAUGAAUAUGAUUCGGCUGCACACAUCCAGGGAGCACAGGGUUGAUUAUACCACAAGCAGAAAUGAGUGUAGAAAUUUGGACUUGGACUGUAUUUCUAUGUUUAACACAAUCAUGCAUUUCAAGUAACAGUGUAGUAUUAGAAAAAAAUUGGAAUUAAAACUUUCUUUCGGCUUCUCCCAUUAGGGGUCGCCACAGCGGAUCAUCCACAUGAUUGAUUUGGCACAUGUUUUUACACUGAAUGCCCCUUCUAAUGCAACCCUCCCCAAU